AUGCGAACGCACCUACCCCUCUCAACACCACGCAUCCUAAUCAUCACCAUUGCUUUCUUCCUGCUGCACACCCACGUUACUCAGUGUCUGCCGCUAGCAUCCACACAACGCCUCGACAGGCUCCGUCGGAACUUGGCAAACUCGCCCUCGCACACGCUCUCGCUCUCGCAACCGACUUCGGACCUCAACCCGCUCGUCCCGGUCGACCCGGACGCAGGGCAGGUGCAGACUCAGGAGCAACCGGGAUCCGCACAGGACGAGGAAACGUCGAUAACGUACCUGGCUGCUGAGCGCGGCUAUGCGAGGCAAGCGCGGCUGUUCGAGUCUCCGAGCCAGCAAGCGUCACGUCGCAAGAGUGAGGUGCGGCUGCUCGAGUAUCUGGCCUGA